AUGCUCACCCCACAUCUGAACACCUUGCUAAACACCUCGCUUGUAGCCCUACCACCAUCCCUGGUGGGAUAGCUUGAUUAGACCUACGAGGAGCUCGUUGUACCAGGUAUUCCUUGGGCAGAGCAUGCAAUCAGUUCGCAGGGAGCAGCCGCAGCCACAGGAAAGAUGCAGAAGAACAAUCAGAAGGAGCACCUCUACAAGCUGCUGGUGAUUGGGGACCUGGGAGUGGGCAAAACCAGCAUCAUCAAACGUUAUGUCCACCAGAACUUCUCCCCCCACUACCGGGCCACCAUCGGGGUGGACUUUGCCUUGAAGGUGCUGAGCUGGGAUGCUGAGACCGUGGUACGGCUGCAGCUCUGGGAUAUUGCGGGUCAGGAAAGAUUUGGAAACAUGACCAGGGUAUAUUACAGAGAGGCCAUGGGGGCAUUUAUUGUCUUUGAUGUUACAAGACCUGCAACAUUUGAAGCGGUGACAAAAUGGAAAGAGGAUUUGGACUCUAAGCUGGUUCUUCCAAAUGGCAAACCUGUGCCAACAGUCCUCUUAGCAAAUAAAUGCGACCAGGGAAUAGAUGUUCUUAUGAACAACGGCAUCAAGAUGGAUCAGUUCUGCAAAGAGAAUGGGUUUGUGGGCUGGUUCGAAACAUCAGCCAAGGAAAAUAUAAACAUCAAUGAAGCUUCCAGAUGCUUGGUGAAACACAUAAUUGCUAGUGAGAGUGAUCCAGUUCAGUCUAUUGAACCAGAUAUUAUAAAACCACACUUGAAUUCCUCCAAGAUUGUCAGUUGUUCAGCUUGCUUUAAAUCCUAA